AUGGCUCGGCCCAAACGAUUAGGUCUCCAUGACCCAGCAGACAUCGUCGACUUCUACCCAUGUGAAGAAUUCAAGCAUGAAGGCCGUGUCCCUGCAGACACACCAGACGAGGUAUCGUAUAAGCUCGACGGCUUGCACUCGACUGAUGACAUCAUUCGCCGCCUUCCUAACAAGCUUGACCCCAAAGGCAAGUUUGUGUUUGAGAUCCACCAGCCUGGCUCUUGUGGUACUGCUGUCGACUUGGAUACGCUCAUGCAUCGUGACUAUCCGCAUAUGGAUCGCAACAGAGCUAUUGCUUUGUACCACAGAGUUCUGAAGCCGACACAAAACACCCAGCCUGCAACUUCCUCAAAGGACGAGAAGGGCGGUAGUGUUGCGAAAGCAGCGAAGAAGGCAUCAGGCGGACCUUCAUCACAGGGCCUCAAACGACCGCGAAAACAAUCAUCAUCCCCAAUCGGAGACGAUGACGACAGCUCGUCAGUCGCAGAUCAAGAGCAGACGAAGCCCACAGCUCCUUCUUCAGCAGACGAAGGUCCAAGAUUUAUUCGCUUCGGCAUGUCAAACUGGUACCGCAACGAGGAGGAUCCGGAGGAAUAUCAGGACUGUCCAGUCAGGGCGUUGGUGGUCGGUAAGGUGCAUGGCGGCAAAGUCGAGUAUCUCGAAGUGCCUACAUGGAGGUUCAACGAUCUCUGGAUCGGCAGCGUUCAUCACAGUGCACCAUUCUCCCUGAAAUCCCCAUUUGUGUUUGAUCCGCUCUUUGCGGACGCCGACACAACGACCAAGAAUCUCAGGCAACGCUCCUUGACCUCGCCAGUGCGCCGCAAGCAGACCAAGGAGGUUGCUCAUUUGCACAUCAUGAUCCAAGUCAAGGCUCUGUUCUCGUCGUGCCGCUUUCACUACCAACCGAACCGGAACGCCGAAAACCCCGGAAGUUUUCGCUUGCCGCUGAACGUUCAAGGCGCUCUAAAAUGGUUCGAGGACUGCAAUCACUUCAAGAAGUGGUUGCCCGAUUGUCCCGCAGUCGAACCCAACGAAGACAUCGGACAUCUUCUUGAUCGCAAGCUUGGUGAUGACUGGACCUUCAACAUCUGGUUUUUACCGCAAACACCUGAGUCCAGAACUCUCUAUCGAUGGGACAACACUCCACAGAAGAUUGUUGGAUCAUGGCUGGACGCCAAUUGGGUUGCUUGGAUGGGUCGAAAGCUUUACUUCGAUGCAGUCAUCGUCAGAAAAUCUCAAGACGACGGGAAAUUCGUUCAAGCCCCAGCAAUCCUGGAAGAGGAUGAGGUGGAGAGUAGCAGUGAGGAAGGAGGGAAUGGCAAGAGCAAGGGCAAGGGCAAGGAGAGAAAGAGACGUAGCCCGCCAAUGAAGAAGAAGAAGGGCAUGGCGGUCAACACAACCCGAUCCAAGUACACCACCAGGCAAGUGCAGGAAGAGGCGCCUAAGGAAGAGGCGCCCAAGGAAAGCAAGGGAGGCAAGACUUUUGGUGGUUGCAAGCAGAAGGCUGGUGUCCGCAAGCCAGCUGCAUCAACCCAGCCGUCUCAAGCAACAGCAAGUUCUUCUCCGGAGCGCCAAGCUCCCGGGAAGACUCUGUGCAGCAUCCGCCGCGACAGCGACAACGAGAUUGUCAGACAGACUUACGAUGCAGAGCGUGAAGAGGCGGUGGCAGCACGGAAGGCUGAGGAGGAGACGUCUGGCAAAGCUAUCAAGAGCACGCCGGCCAAACGCAGGAAGUCGAAGGAUGAAGAGUAG